AGCCCCUCUGGAGCUUACUAAGUUCUAGUUAGACUUAGUAAGCAUUUCUGUUUAUUUAGCUUUAGAAACUGCACUUGUCUCUAAAAAAACGACGGUUUAAAAAAAAUUUAUAUACAGUUGUUAGCUUUGGUAAAGGGGAUGUUGCUGGCAGAAUUUUAAGAGGUUUUCACUGGAUGGGCUCCUCACUAUUUCAUUUGACCCUCUCAUAGAAUUUUCAGCUGUGAUUAUGAGAUUUAGGGGCUGCUGGCAGUGAGGAAGAUGCUAAGUUUUUUCAGACGAACGCUGGGGCGCCGGUCAAUUCGAAAGCAUGCGGAGAAGGAACGUCUGAGAGAAGCCCAGCGAGCUGCUACCCACAUUCCUGCAGCUGGAGAUGCCAAGUCCAUUAUUACAUGUAGGGUGUCAUUGCUAGACGGAACUGAUGUCAGUGUGGAUUUGCCGAAAAAAGCCAAAGGACAGGCGCUCUUUGACCAGAUCAUGUACCAUCUGGACCUGAUAGAAAGUGACUAUUUUGGACUGCGAUUUAUGGAUUCGGCACAAGUGGCACAUUGGUUGGACAGUACAAAAAGCAUCAAAAAACAAGUUAAAAUUGGUUCACCAUAUUGUCUGCACCUCCGUGUUAAGUUUUACUCCUCAGAACCAAACAAUCUUCGUGAAGAGCUGACAAGGUAUUUAUUUGUUCUUCAGUUAAAACAAGAUAUUCUCAGUGGAAAAUUGGAAUGUCCUUUUGACACAGCAGUCCAGUUGGCGGCUUAUACAUUGCAAGCUGAGCUUGGUGACUAUGAUCUUGCUGAACACGGCCCUGAGCUUGUGUCUGAAUUCAGGUUUGUGCCCAUUCAGACAGAAGAGAUGGAGCUAGCUAUUUUUGAGAAAUGGAAAGAAUACAGGGGUCAAACACCAGCACAGGCUGAGACCAACUAUCUGAACAAAGCCAAAUGGCUGGAAAUGUAUGGAGUGGAUAUGCAUGUAGUGAAGGCUCGAGAUGGAAAUGACUAUAGUCUAGGCCUCACCCCAACAGGAGUCCUUGUGUUUGAAGGCGAAACCAAAAUUGGAUUAUUCUUUUGGCCCAAGAUUACCAGAUUGGACUUCAAGAAGAACAAAUUAACUUUGGUAGUUGUGGAAGAUGAUGAACAGGGGAAAGAGCAGGAGCACACAUUUGUCUUUAGACUAGAGCACCCCAAAGCUUGCAAACAUUUAUGGAAAUGUGCUGUGGAGCAUCACGCUUUCUUUCGUCUCAGAGGACCCGUUCAGAAGGGGUCUAGUCGAUCAGGAUUUAUUCGUUUAGGUUCACGGUUCAGAUACAGUGGGAAAACUGAGUAUCAGACCACAAAAACCAAUAAAGCAAGAAGGUCAACAUCCUUUGAAAGACGACCCAGCAAACGGUAUUCCCGACGAACGCUACAGACGAGAGCAAAUGCAGUGAAACCUGAAGAAUCCAGUCUCCAGAAGAAUAUUUCAACUCAGAAUAAUGGAUCCCAACAAGUUAGGGGUACGAGGUCAACUAUGCCAGUAAUCUCAUCCAUUCCUUCUGGUCCUGUUCUGGUGGAGAUAGAGAAUCUUUCAAGGAGUCCAGGAAUGAGCCACCAUGACAGGAAAUGCUUGCCUCUGACUGAUUUAUUAGACAACACAGAGCUGUUAGAAACAGCUGAUGAGGAGGCCAAGGGAGUGCCUGGAACCCUGGGAAUAUCUGUGGUCCCUGAGGAAAUCAGUAUGGCUGCUACUGAGCCUGGACUCAAGGAAGCCAAUGUUGAGUCCAGUGAAUUCAAGGAUACCUCUGUGAAGCUCAAACUGCUUGAGAUUGAGAACUGUUCCUCAUCAUCUCCUAAACCCAAUGUCAACAUUAACGUGAACAAACAGGAAGAAGUUGUGAAGUUGACAGAAAAAUGUCUUAAUAAUGUCAUUGAGAGUCCUGGAUUAUCUUCUUUGAGGAUUCCCCCAGACAUCAAGAGCAAUAUCCUAAAGGCUCAAGUGGAAGCAGUUCAUAAGGUCACAAGAGAGGAUGAUACAUUGAGUCAAAAAAACUCCAAUGUUCAAGAUAAUGUUUUCAGUGUGUUAAAAGAAGAUAACAAAGUUCUCAGUCCAGAAAACACAAUGAUUCCCACACAUCCAAAUGCUGUGGAAGAUAACUCUGUUCUAAAGAGCGCCACUGAUGAGUUGGAUGCCCUGCUCUCAUCAUUAACAGAGAAUCUGAUUGAUUUAGCUGCUGUACCUCCGGUGUCUUCCUUAUCCUCGGUUACACCCCGCUGGAUUGUGCCACAGACCAGGACUCUUUCCAAUGGGAUCUCAGGGAAUGAAGUGCCUGUGGAAAGAAAAGAGGAAUGUGGUGACCCAGAGGUGCUCUCCUUGAUCGCUCAGCCAGGGCCCUUCCUCGUGGAUGCUGUGACCACCCCUGUCCCGGGCCUGGCUGAAGAAGCCUUGAGGAAGCAGCGUAAAUGUUUGCUCACGACAGAGCUGUGAGCUUGUGCUCGCCCACCCCCUGUCACUGGGAUGCUCGGCCCUGCCCAGAGAAGCCCGUCCUGGAACUACAUCUUGGCUGUAAAAUGUGUUGUACGUCCUUCUUGGGGACCCAAGGAGCUCAGCUUUCCCUUGUGGGUCACCAGGGAUUCAAAAAACGCCAUUCUGACUUAGCUUCUCCACAAGAAAUCAGAAAGUUACCGUCACUGUCUCUACUGAUAAGGCCUAUCAUUCAGAUAUGUCCACCCACACAGGGACCUUUAUUCUCUCUUUUUGUGACUUCCCAGACUCUCCAUGGGGAAAUAUUCUUGGUGGAAUUGCUGACCUGGCUGGAGGAAAAAAAAAAAUGAGGACUCAUGCGCCCUCUGGUGGUUAUGAUGAGUAACCAUGACUUCACAAAGCGAACUGAGCUUUGAUAUUGUGCGAAUUUUCUGAGUCUUACAGCUUUCUCCUGUCUUUCUUUUCUUCAUUAUAAGUAUCUCUUUUAAUCUUUAUGUUCUUCAGAGCCAUUGACUUUUCUAUGAAAUACCUGGAAAAGUUAGAGCAACUGGGUCAGGAACUUGGGGGCAUCAAUGGAGGCUAUAUAUUGUAGAUAGACAGGACAGAAGGACACCUAUUAUGAAACUUUGAAGGUUCUGAAGAAAACUAUAGAAAGCUACCCAGAUCACCUCACUGUCUUAUUUUACUACCAAGUUGCCUGACCCAAUAUUCUGUGUUUGUGUUUGGGGGUAUAACAGACUUGCAUAUACCUAUAGAACAAUUACUAAGUCCACUUCGGUGAACUACACAGAUUUUAACAUAAAUGGACAAUAAGCAGUAUCUCUUUUUUUGCUUGGCGUAAGUUGCUGUUUUCUGUGGCUGAGUAGGUUAGUGUCUAUCAGGAGAGCUUGGUACAGACAUUUCUUGUAUCUGUGAAUAUUGUUUUACGGGAUCAUACUCAUCUAACAAAAAGUUUGUAUAAGAGGGAAGGGAUCUGGAAGUACUUUUAAGUUAUGAAAGUGUUUUCCCCCACUCCAGUCUAACCCAUCCACCGCUUUGAUCAUGUCAUCUAUCCUACUUCAGUUUGAGGCUAGAUAGUAAGUUGCUUCUUCUUUUUUUGUAUCAUAUUGGAAAGUGAAUCAUUAAAACUGUUGUUAUUAUUGUCUGUUACAGCAGCACUAUCCAGAAGUGGGGCAAUUGUAAAAGAAGGUGAUAGAUUCUACCCUAAAGGGACCAUGAUAGGCCCUAGAACAGGAGUAGAGACCAAGUUAAUUUACUGAUUAUUUUACCCAUAAUUGCUGCUUUUGAAGAUCUGAUGGUGAGCUCUUGCUGUCUCAAACUCAGGGAAAUAAGGAGAAGCAUGGCCACCUGUCAGAGAGGAUGAUUAUGCCACAAACCCAUCUGUGCUUCUUUUUGGGUCUAGGUCUAUUUUGGAAUAAGUUGAAUAAAAUUAGAGUUUGUCCACUUUGAGAAGAAUACUGGGAUGUGGGCUUGGAACUAGAAAUUUGAGGUCUACUUUGGAUUAAAGGCCUUUCUUUUGUAAAUUGUUGAUAUUUAUAAUUACCUGAAUUAUUGUUUGAGCACCUGCUACAUUCUAAGCCCAAUCUGG